GGAUGAUGCUGGUCUUGCUGCUCCCACUUCCUCUGCCGCACCUCAGUCCGAUGCUGCAGAGACACCAGCCCCUGAAACGCCUAGACCGGGUGACGACACCAUGGCAGAUGGAGGCGAUGAAGACGAUGAGCCCACAGCACGAUCUCAACAGCGGCGGAAACCAGCUCGUGUCCUCGACGACGAUGAGGACGAGGACGGUGAUGUGCCUCCAGCCACUAAUGGUGGUGAUACAUCGAUGGUGGAUGACAGUGUCGAAACCGCAGGGGAUAGUGACCAUGGUGGAGACUAGUUACCUCGAGAGAAUAUGAAAGCAAACACUAUCAUCAAUCAAAUUGGUCACCCCGACGCAGCGGCAAGACGCGACAGCAUCAUGGGCAUUGGAGACAUCGUCACAAAGUAUCAAGCAGACAACUCGCAGGUUGCGUGGUCUUCUACCACAUUCCUACCAGCCAAUAUGACCUCCCCGCUCACAGAAAAGCUCCGCCGGAAGCGAUACACACUCGACUGGAGCAAACCCCCGAGAAAAGGGAAGGUGAAGCUUGGUCUCGAUGAGCGGCUGAAGCUGGAAGGUACGCUGCAGAAGGAAGUCCUCAAACUUCGUGAGCGAUUAGACCGCGGAAGCAAGAGUUCUCGCACCCUGCGAAGACUUUGGGAUGAUCACGAGGCUCUUCUAGCAUUAGGAAGCAGACCAUAGGGACAAAUUUGGUGCAAUAGUUUAGGAGGCAUAAUCAAAAUUGAUACCACACGUCG